CAAAAAAUGCAAUUUUGGUGCCGGUUUCCCUCAGUAUCUCAUUCAUGCCUCACACACAUGAGCACGAGGGCAUUACUCUUGUGAGCUGAAGCUGCUUUCACUAACACAAAACACUGGUGGAGAGGUUUGACCCAAAUCAAAUGCCGUGACACAGCGUGUGUGGCCGCCGUCCCACGAACCCACCAUGCCGAUCGAGCUCGCCAUGCCACUUUUUCUGUCAAGCGAAGAGUUCCUGAACCCAAGGGCAUCUAAAUACAGCAGACCCUUGCGGCCAUGUCUGCACCGGUGUCAAAGUACCAAACUUAGUUUCGGCUCUCCAAGGGAGCAGCCAGAGUCGAACGUGUCCAGCGCACCCCUGACAAUACCCGGCAGGGCCAAAAAAAAAGUAUCUUUUGCUGAUCACAAGGGCCUCGCCCUGACGAUGGUGAAGGUCUUUUCUGAAUUUGAUGAUCCUAUUGACAUCCCAACCAGCAUCAUGCAGUUUUUUAGCUCUUCGGUGAAUCUGCCAGAAGGGAAGGACAAGCUCACCCUCGACUUUGACCAGCCGUCUGCAGACUAUUUGAAGUUUCGUCAACGCAUAGAGAAUGAAAACCUCUGCCUCGAACACUGCAUGCUUAAAGAAAAAUCUAUAGCAGGCACGGUCAAAGUCAAAAACCUUUCUUUUGAGAAGUCCGUCAAGCUUCGCAUUACCUAUGACACUUGGAAAAGCCACACAGACGUAGAAUGCCAGUACGUAUUGGACACUUACACCGGCUCGAACCGCGACACCUUUUCGUUCGAAGCUACUUUGCCCGAUCAGGUGCCUCCACAUGAACGCAUCGAGUUUGCCAUUUGCUAUGAGGUCAAUGGCGUAAUGCUCUGGGACAACAACCAAGGACAGAAUUACAGAAUCGUUCAAUCAGCACUAAAGAAGGGUUUGGAUGACUCUGUGGGUGACCAUCAGCGAUACGGGGUGAGCGACUGGGACGUUCUUUUUGACCGAUACGGCAGCCCCAGAUGCUCACGUGGAAUUUUUCCCAAUUGGCCAAGCUAUGCUGGAUAUGAAGACAUUGGUCCAUAUUAUUAAGAAUCUGUUUUUGGGGCAGUUUAUCCUGCUCGCAUAUCAAUCAAACAUUGUGAUAACUGCCUUCUUAAGAAAAAACACAUUGUUCUUUGACCAAGGACCUGUCGGACUGUGAAGCCAUAUACACACUUGAGAUAUUUAUCGUCAAUAAUAUUGGAUUUUGUUGUUCAAUAGAGAAUGAGUUAUGUUUUUAAAAGUAAUGUUCAUGGUGCUAUACGAAUGUAAUUAUGAGGGCAAAUUGGUUUCCAGUGCCUGUCAAAUGCAUUAACGCUAGUUUCUGUGCAGGCUUGUGUGACAGUUUGAGGAUGAUUUUGGGUCUGUAUAGAUUUGCUUGGACAUUUAUACAAUUAUGCAGUGUUAGUAGUUAAGUUCAAGUAAAUCUGCAGGCCAGUAUAUUUGCUAAACUAAAUCAUGAUCAUAAGAUUUUGGCUGAGAUUAAGCUCUUUCUUGAGAGCAGCAAAUGGUUUUGAUCUGAAAAACCUUGCUAAGAGCAAAGACAGAAUGACCCAAAAAGAAGUCUGCCUUUUCCCUGAGUUGUAGUCAGCUUGGAUGUGUGUACGAAUUCUUUCUUUUUUUUUUUGUUCUUUCCUGAACAGCUCAUUUUUAAUGUAAAACUCUAAAAGUAUUUACAUUUCUGUAUUUUAAUGGACUAUGACUGAUUUUCACUGUUAUUGACUGCACAACAGGAUUAUGAUAUUAGUGACGUUAAUAUGCAAUGUGUACGAUUUGUUCAACGCAAUGUAGGCACUUUAAUUUGUUGUUUAAUUUCUUGUCACCCAUUUUAAAUUGCAUUAAGUAUGAAUACGGGUUUGCCAGAAUCACUUUAAAGACAUUGUUUAAAAAAAAGUUGUGUUAGGUAUGUUCAUUAGCUGCAUUUUAAUGCAAUGUUUUAAAUGUUCAUUGUCAUGAUAACUUCAAAUAAAGUAUUGGAGCAGAAAA